AUGGCUUCCCGCUUUGGUCAAACGAAAUUUGGAAGUCUACAAGAUCCAACAGGACUUUUUGAACACAGGGAUCCAAGCCCCACCAGUCCACAGUAUGACAGCACCAUCUGGUGGGAAGACCGAGAAGGGCAACCUGAUAAUGAAGAAUCUCUGCGGGAGCAGCUAAAAACAGUGGAUGAUCACGUUUCCAGACUUCAAGAAAUGCUGAAAUAUGAACGGACCAAAUGCAAUCGACUGCAGCUGAGAAGUCGCCAGCAGGAAGCAGAAUUGAAGCGCAGAGAGCAGAACAUAAACAAAUUGAAGGAGAAGCUGUCACUCUUCACUGACCGACACAAGGACAAAACCCCCGCUAUAAGGAUCUUAAACACCCUCCCAAGUGCUCGAGGAAAACGAGAACAACUCAUAGGAAAAAGACAAGAGGAUGGAGCAGUUCUUCUGAUGCUGGAGCGUAGAGAGGCUGAGCUCAGAGAGGCCAUGAAGCUGCGCCACAGUCUCACCUCGGUGCUGCAUGCCCUCAGAUGUGACAUGGAGCAGACACUGUCUGAAAUUGAGGGUUGUUUGGAUGAAACUCACUAUUUGGAUAAGCGGCUGGACCAGGCAGAGCGAGCGCUUGGGGACCAUGUGACAGGAGGUGUGGUGCAGAGCUGGAGACAAGUGCAGAGCAAACUGGGCACCUGCAUUUAUAAAGAAGGCUCAACUGCAUUUAAUACCGACCAAGAUAAGCUUAUGGCACAUCUAGAAGGUGAAUUGAAAGAAAGCCAACGACUUGUUCAAAUGCAACAGAAGAUUCUGCAGGAUAGCGUUUGGUCACCUGUCCCAUCCGAACUGGGUAAUUGUUACUUUAUAGAAGAGUGGGAUCGGCUUCGUGAGCACUGGACUGAGUUUGAGGUCCAGAGGAGGACUUUUGAAAGCGAGAGAAAAGCUUUCACUGAAGCUGCUAUUCGUCUGAGCCACGAGCGGCAGGAUUUUGAGCAAAGAAAAGCCUCACUUGUGAAGCAUCAGUUUCUGUGUGACUCUCCCGUUUAUGGCAAAGGGAUUCAGCCCAGUAACAAGAGGGAAAGCGCAGGCCUUGGUUUGUCUGGGAUUAAGCCCCUGAACACACCAGGACGUCACAUGAGCGUCACUCCAACAGCUAUCCGGCAAAGAGGGGAUGUUACUGGCUAUCCCAGGACAGUGAGGAUUCAGACACCGAGCACACCCGAACUCUACUCUGCACUGAAGCUGCCCUAUAGCCGCUGUGGAAGUACAGAAGAUCUGUGGAACAGCGGUACCAACCCAGCAGCAGACCCUCAAGCUGAUUGGUCAUUUUAA